GCCAGGCCCUGCAUUGGUGGUGCUCUGCCGACUCAUCCGUCCCGGCGACUGGAUGUUCUCCAUCGACCUGAAGUCCGGCUAUCACCACGUCGAGAUGCACCCCUCCUCCUGGAAGUACUUGGGCUUCCAAUUUGAGGGCGCGUACUACUCCUUCCGCUCGCUGCCGUUUGGUCUCGCCACCGCCCCGUUCGUUUUCACCCAGCUAAUCAAACAGUUGGCAAAGCGGUGGAGGGCCAGUGGCCUACGCGUCGUCCCGUACGUCGACGACCUUCUAUUCCUUUGCAACUCUCAUACACACGCGCGCUCAGCAUGCGCCGCAGUUACCCAAGACCUAAAGGCGGCUGGUUUUGUUAUCAACGAGAAAAAAUCGCAUCUCCACCCCACGCGCCUGAUCCACUUCCUCGGCCUGGAGCUCUGAAACUCACAAUUGUCGAAAUA